AAGAGCCAAUAUACUGUGCUUCAAGGGUGGAGCUUAUUUGCUGGUAGGGGAACAUACGGUAGCGUCGCAACAUAAAAUCAAGUAACAGGAGGCUAAAGAAGAAAUAGUGUAUCACUUACAAUGAAAUUGAUGAUCUGGCAACUGUUACGUCCUUGAUCAGCUGAUUGACGUAAACACAGCACGGUCUGGCACACUGAGGCACUGACCCAAGGAAAUAGAGAUCGUCCAGAAGAGACAAUGAGUGCACUCCGCUUUCUUGGGAAACUCUCGGUUUCAUCAUCAAUUUAUUUAAAAUUAAUAAGAAGCAUAAGUACAUCAGUACCCAGAAAUGGGAGCCUGUUCACCCAGGAACACAGGGAACUACAGAGCUCCUUGACAAAGUUAAUUGACACAGAGAUAAAUCCCUAUGUGGACCAGUGGGAGGAGGAGGGACAGUAUCCUGCACAUGAGGUCUUCAAAAAGCUUGGGCAGGCUGGAUUUCUGGGAAUCACCAAGCCAGAAAAGUAUGGAGGCCUUGGGUUGGACUAUUCAUUUGCUGUUGCAGCUCAUGAAGCACUGGGCAGUAUCAACUGUGGUGCUAUUCCCAUGUCUGUGGGAGUACAGACUGACAUGUCAACACCUGCCCUAGCACGGUUUGGGAGCCACUAUGUUAAGGAACAGUUUCUUGCACCAAGCAUAGCAGGAGAUUAUGUAUCCUGCUUAGGGGUUAGUGAGCCAGGAUCUGGAUCAGAUGUGGCCACCAUUCAGACCACAGCUAGGCGGGAUGGAGAUGACCUGAUCAUUAAUGGCCAAAAAAUGUGGAUCACCAAUGCCUUCCAAGCUGACUGGAUGUGCCUCCUUGCCAACACAUCACAGGCUGCACCACACAUCAACAAGUCCCUCAUAUGUGUGCCUAUGGACUCACCAGGAAUCCAUUUGGCAAAACGUAUCAACAAGAUUGGAAUGCUGUCUUCAGACACAGCUCAAAUUUUCUUUGAGGAUGUAAGGGUGCCUGCCAAGAACUUGAUUGGGGAGGAAGGAAAGGGUUUUACCUACCAGAUGAUGCAGUUUCAAGAGGAGCGUCUAGCUGCUGCUGGAUUGCUUCUUCGUCCCUUGGAGAAGUGUGUUGAGGCCACAAUAGAGUAUACCAAGAACCGUCAAGCUUUUGGCAAGUCAAUCCUUGACAACCAGUAUGUUCACUACCGCCUUGCUGAAUUACAGACAGAAAUUGAAGCCCUCAGAGCUCUGACCUACAGAGCAACAGAACUGUACAAAGAAGGGGAGGAUGUUACAAAGCUGGUGUCCAUGUGCAAGUUGAAGGGAGGGCGGCUGGUGCGUGAAGUCACAGACUCCUGUCUUCAGUUUUGGGGUGGCAUGGGCUUCACUAAAGAGGUCAUUGUGAGCAGAUUCUAUAGAGACAUGCGACUUGUAUCAAUUGGUGGUGGAGCAGAUGAGGUCAUGCUAAGUAUUAUAUGCAAGUACAUGGGCAUCCUUCCCAAGCUGGGCAAGAAGAAACAGUAAGCUGCCAACUACAGUAACGGGUCAGGGUUGCUGCACAUGAGAGAAGAGUCAGGAAGAAUUGCUCAUUUUUCAAGAUUUAAAAUCAAGAAAAUUAGAAAUUUUAUUUAUUUAGCCUACUCACAUUUCAUCUGGGGGUUUUGAGAUUUAAGAAUAUGGGAGGAAAAUUAAUUAUUGUGAGAGAAAACCAACUUGACACUUCCAGUUUUGUUAAGGGGAUUAGACAAUCAGAUGUGUGAUUGUUUAGGAUCUUUUUCAUGUGAGAAGGUAGUGUCCCUUGCUGUGCCAUAGGGUAGUGCUGCCAACUGAGACAAGUGAGGUAGAGACAAAGAGAGCAAGUCAUCUUCUGUGAAUAGAAUUAAAGAUUGUGAAUUAUUCAAAUAUCAUGCAGAAAAGAUCAAAGAUUGUCAUUGAAAUGUAAAGAAGUUAGCUAUCUAAAAUUGGUUCUGAGCAGCAAUACUGCAACACACAAUGAGUGGUUAAGAUGGAACUAGUAUAAUGGAAAGGAAUGAGUACAAAACUUUUUUAUCAGAUACUUGCAAAAGCAACCUUAGGUUGUCCUCAAAAAAUGGUGCUGUACAAAUGAUACAAUGCAAUAUCCAGUAGCAGAUUUGAAUAUUGUUAAGUUAAACUGAAUUUUUAAUAUUUAUAGCUAUUUUAUUGGAAUGUAAAAUCUUUUAUCUCUGCAAUAUAGAAUUUCCAGGUUUUAUGUUUUCCCAUGGCAAUUCAUAAUUGUGAGAUUAAUUAGUCACAAAGAUUAUAUUUUACCUAAUUUCC